GUGAAUGAGACACUUCAGAUGAUUUCCUCUGGCUAAUUGUGACUCUAUGGGCCAUCUGGGCGGCUAGACAGAAGGUAGUCCAUGAAAAUAUUUUUCAAGGCGUCAGUAAAAAAGCAAACUCGCUCCCGUGCGGCUCCUGCGGCCGCACCGGGGCGCCCAGAUCCAGCCGCCGGGGGACCUCCCCUGCCUCCCCACCUCCCCUCGCCGCCGCCGGAGGUCGUCGCCGGGCAAAUCCCGGUGGCGACGGCGGCGGCGGGGCUGUUUCUGUGGCGCGGUAGCUGCGGGCGUGGAGGGGGCUCGGCUGCGAGCUUCGGCGGCGGGGUCGCGUCUUGGCGUGCCGGGGGUGCGCGGUCCUGCAGGGGCCGCUCAAGGUGUGAGACGAUGCAGGCGAGGUGGCGGACGAGGAGCUGGACGCGACGGUGCUGACUGGUGGUGGUUGCGGUCUGCAGAGCUGGGCGGCGACGGAUCUGGGAGUUCUUUGCCCAGAUUUGGCACUGGUGGUGCUCGGGGCUGUGAAUCGGGGCAGAGGCCCAGCUAGGCAUGUUCACGGAUGCGCGUUAGGAGGUACGUGGACGCCGGGGCGGCGGCCCCGGGAUGGCGGCAAUGGCAUGGAGCUCGUCGUGGCUUGAGGUGCUACGUUCAGGUUCGUGCAGUGGUGGUGGUUGGCGGCAGCUGGUGGUGGAGGUGUGUUCUCCAGUGAUCCCGACGCCAUCCGGUGCUCUGGAUCCGCAAGUUCUGUUAUAUGGCGAGGAGCUCCGGCGAAAGCACUGCCUUGACCAAGGUCAGGCCGACGACGGCGGCGCUACUGGCAUCGUCUACCUUCUUGGAGGCGUCGUUGUGGAGCUCCGUCGACAUCAUGACUGAUUUGGCUCUCCGGAUGAAAAUGUUUGCCUCGGUAUUCCGAAGCGGGCGGCGGCGGCGUCUACGAUCGUGACCUCCUUGGAGGCGUUGUUUGGGAGAGACUGUCGCGAGCGAUCUCUUCACCACCAAGGUUAGUGGAUGUUGGGGCAGCGGCCCCGAAUUUGUGCGUCGAGACGGCGGUCUCGAAAACCAAUGCGGUGCCAACUCCAUGAGGGAGGGUUGCUGCUCAGCAUGGCUUGGGUGGCGAUCUUGAGCGGCGAGGGCGGCAGGGUCGUCGGCUCGGUCGACGCGUUCAAGAGUGGACGGUUGGACGAUAUGUCGGGGCAGCGGCCCCGGAAGUGGUGCGACGGCUGUGGUCUGCGGGCAGUCACCCUGUGCAGCGUGGGUUGCGGGUGGCUGCGUCGUGCGGCGUUGUAGCUCAAGGGUGAGCGGUGGUAUGUCGGGGCAGCGGCCCCGGAAGUGGUGCGACGGCCGUGGUCUGCGGGCAGUCACCCUGUGCAGCGUGGGUUGCGGGUGGCUGCAUCGUGCAACGUUGUAGCUCGAGGGUGAGCGAUGGUAUGUCGGGGCAGCGGCCCCGGAAGGUGGUGUCGGUGGACCGCACAGGGUGCAACGGAGCGGUGGAUGUCGGGGCGGCGGCUCCGAGACUUUGCAGCAUUGAGAACUUCAGCUUCGUGUCGUCUGGGCGACGAGGUUGCCUUCGAUGUUGCUCGUUGUCAUAUCAGGGAAGCGGGUCAUGUGGAGUGCAUGCUCUUCAUUUCUACGGGAGGGUCUCGUGGCUGCUCCUCUCAUAGUGGUCAUGGAUUCUUCUCUCCGACAGCGGUGGAAGUUGUGUGUUCGACAUGUUGUCGGCAAAAGUGGGCUUAGUCAUGUGUGCGUGAUUGUGUGGGAGUAGGCUUGGCCCUUGUUGUAUCGGUUUUCGCCCAGUUUUUCACUAAUUAACUAAGCAAUUUUUUUGUGCUUAAUUAAUAAAUGAGGCAAAGCUUUUGCCUUCAUUUCAAAAAAAAUAUUUUUCAAACGCCAUAUGGAACACACUGUUUCAUCAACUCUUACAUCGACGAGAUCAAGGUCCUCCAGAAACCAACCACUACAGCCGCUGGCUCUUCAGAAACCCCGAGGCCACGGCAUUGGCUUCCUCCUGCGGUUGGGCACUCCAAAGCGAACAUCGACGCAGCUGUAUCAAGGGCCGGUGGCAAAGGAGCCGUGGCUGCAAUCUGUAGAAGCCAUUCAGGAGCGUAUGAGGGGGCGUCGGCGUGAUUUUCAACUACAUUGAUGAACCAACAGUACUCAAGACACUGGCGAUCAGAGAAGCGUUGGCCUUGGCAAAUGACUUGUACAUCAGGGUGAUUUGGUGCCCGAGCCCAGAUGAUCCUGAAAUCUUCGGCGCCAGUUCCAGGCUCGGGAUCCGAAUAAUUCGUUCUGACGCGUCUGACAUCGAGCGUGGAAAAAAGGACGUACGGUGAAAUACGGUACGAAACAGUGGCUAUUUCUGGGCCCAAAGUGUAUGGUUCGGACGGCGCUCGCGCACGGGAACUCUGGUCCGUGGACCAGAUCGUUACUAGUCCAACCGAGCCAGGGAUCAGAUAGGUGUGCUGCGACGGAAGUGGACGACCGAGUCGUUUGUCCCUCUCCCCCCACCUCUGUCUCCGUUCUGAGUAGGUCCUUGCGGCGGCGCUCGUUCUGCACCGGCGGGCACGGAGAAAUGGAAGAUGGUGGGGUUGAGUUCCUGCUUGAUGUCAUUGGCAGGUUCCCAUUACGAGAGGAGUUCGCGGACAACCUCGAGCACCCAGAUCCGGUUCCCCUGGUCUUGUUACCAAACAGCGGAGCCGGCCUUGCCGUUCCUGCGGACUCAAAUACUGGGUCUGUUUGCGCUCAACAGCUCGGCGGCGAUGGGAAUGAUAUGGCAGGAGUUGGAGUCCGCCGUCGUGCGGAUGCAUCACCGACGAGGUUGACUCAGUCUACUGACAGAGUCAAUCCAGAGGUACCUGGGAGGACAAAAAGGUUAUGGCUGGGCAGUGAGCCACCAGAUGACGAUGGACUCUAAAGUCAUGGGCUAUAGAGUUGAUUGGCUAAAGAAGUUCAUGUUCCCGGUGCAUUUCAUGGAUUGCUGGUCAUUAUAUAUCUUGGAUACCGAUAAGAAGAUUGUGAUGGUGCUUGACCCAAUGGAGACAAAUCUGUCGGAUGAGAUGAAAAUCAAGCACGGGCCUCUAGCAAGGAAGUUUCAGCAGAAGUUAUGCACCCUAUUCAGUGACAUGUUCGGAGCCGGUUUGGUUGAGACCACUGGAUGGUCGUUUGUGUACCCUUUGGUGGCGCAGCACGAGCCAUGCAGUAGGGAAGACAGUGGCGUAUAUGUUGCUCACUACGUCCUGGAGUUCACCGGUCUAUACCUUAGAUCAACUAUAACCCAGGGUCAGAUCGAGCACCUGCGCAAGAAGAUUGCAUACGAGAUAGUGAUCAUGAAGGGAAACUAGGGAGAUAUCCCGGAGUUCCUGUACGAGGAGAUCAUUGACUGACGAGAAAGACAUUAGCAAUUCCAGUUUGCAUGCAGCCCAGCAAUAUCUUUUGGCUAUGCGUGUACUCAUCGUUAGAUGGGCACGUUUAAGUUCUAGUGUCAUUUCGCAUUAGAAAACCCUACGAGCAUUGUGCAUCUGGAAAGCUAUGGGCAUGGGAUGUAUCCUAAUGGAGAUCUAAUUAGAGUAAUUUGAACUAUGUAGUACGUGUUAGAGAUUAUGUGAACAGAUGACUGAUCUGUCUGAAUUUAAAUACAGUAUGCUGCAACUACUUGUGGUUAUUUGA